AUGGCUUCUCGUCAGGAUCAGGCUAGCUACCACGCCGGGGAGGCCAAGGCCCGCGCCGAGGAGAAGACGGGGUACGUCGUGGGCGCGGCGCAGGACAAGGCGCGGGAGGCCAAGGACACGGCGUCCGACGCCGCGGGCCGCGCCAUGGGCAGGGGCGGCGACGCCAAGGAGGCGACCAAGGAGAAGGCGUACGAGGCCAAGGACGCGGCGUCGGACGCCACUGGCCGCGCCAUGGACAAGGGCCGCGGCGCCGCGGAGGCCACCAAGGAGAAGGGCUACGAGGCCAAGGACAACGCGGCCGGCACCGCGCAGCAGACCGGGAGCUACAUCGCCCAGACGGCCGAGGCCGCCAAGCAGAAGGCGGCCGGCGCCGCCCAGUAUGCCAUGGACACCGCCGUCGCCGGCAAGGACAAGACCGGCAGCCUCCUCGUGCAGGCAGGGGAGACGGUGAAGGGCGCGGCUGUGGGGGCGAAGGACGCGGUGAUGAACACGAUCGGAAUGGGCGGUGGCACCAACGGCAGCACGGACGUCCCCGCCAAGGAUACCAGCACGUACAAGCCUGGGACCAGGGAUUACUAA